GCUUUAAAAAUAGAAAUCGAUAAAGACUAUGACAGAACGUAAAAACAGGAUACAAUACAGAAUCAUUUCUCGUUAUUUAUCAUUUUUUUAAAAAUGGAAAAUCGUUCGCUCGAUUCUGUACAUAUGGUACGUUACUGCGCGUCGCUUGACGCGCAUGCGCUAAAGAAACGUCAGUCUGACAACAACUGGCUCGCUCUCUCUGUCGUCGAUCAGUUCGUUCUGAGACGUGAAACGACGAGGUGUACAUUGACGUUCAUCCGACGAAAUCGCUCGAUUCAACAACGAAGACCUCCAAUCUCUCUUUCGUCUGUCGGCGACUGGGAAUCGCGCGGGUGCGUUUAUCGAAUUUCUGUAGGGCGUAGUGAAACGGAUUUAUAUCGAAGAGAAUCGCAAACGACGAACACGCGAGCGAUGCGGAGCGAAGGUGGACGGAGAUAGACGACGGGACGAGACCAAAGUGCGGGCACAGCUGUUUCGCGAAGAGGGGGAGGCCGAAUAGACGCGAAUCCGCGAGAGCGAGCAAGUGGAGGAAAACGUCGGAUACGAGAAUCGAUCGAGGGUUAUUAAAAGAAAAAGCCGCGGAAGUCGCGAGUAUCGCGUCUGUCCUCGCUAAUCCAGGGUAAAUAUCCUUGAGGAAAGGAGAGAGGAGGAGAGUCAUUGCACUUUUCUCGCGCGAGAGCGAGCGUCCUGAAAAAAAAAAUCAUCCUCGGGAUCUCCAAACAUGUGGCAUCCCAGCCGCGAGAGUAGAAGCACCCAGAUGGAGGAACCUGUUACAGCGGACGAGAGGAAGCGGUGGCGUCGCGACGACCACCAGGACGACGACGUCGACGACAAGGACAAGGACGAUUACGAAGCGGGCAACGUCGAUUCCGGGUUCCUGUCGAGCGGCAAUCUGCAGUUCAGCGACGAGAUUCGCGACUCGGAGUUACCGCAACAGGGGGGGCAGUCGGGGGUAGGGGACGCGGGGGCGGGGGUGCCGACUCCCGCGCCAGCGGCCGUGACGACGACCGCAUCAUCAUCGGCGACGACGGCGAUCGCGGAGGAGCCAAUGAGGGCGAUCGACAGCGGCGUGGACCUCGACCUCACCGAGACCCUGAGCCAGCUCAGCCUGAAGCAGGUCAGCCUGAACCCGCUCGCCUCCAAGAGCGGCAAGUUGAUUCAGGCGGUCGAGUCGGCGAGCCCCGAGCUGUCACCCGUGACCGCGAACCUUACGCAACCGGACGACAACACCAAGUUACAGCACGAUGAGGCGUUUCUGUUCGAGCAACCCCAACGGGAGAGCGAGACCAGCAACGAGGAACCCUGGCAGCUCUAUUAUACGCAGGACGACGAUGGUGACACGCAAUUGCAUAUCGCAAUCGUACAAGGCUUUGUGGAAGCUGCGCUCUGUUUAAUAAGAAUGGCGCCUGACCCGUGCCUAUUGGACAUCAUAAAUGACGACUGGCAAUCGCCUUUACAUCUGGCAGUGUUGACGCACCAACCGCUCAUUGUCAGGCACUUAAUCCUGGCGGGCGCGGAUCCAUCUCUAAGGAAUUUCCGUGGGAACACGGCUCUACACCUAGCUUGUGCGAGCGGAGAUCUCGGUUGCGCUAAAGCUCUCACAGAUCCACUAUACCCGAUGGAGAGGAAUAAGCUGACGCUCGGACAACAAGUACCUGCCUUACCACAAAACUUGGAGCAACGUAAUUACAACGGUGAGAUGUGCUUGCACUUGGCCGCCGCAAACGGACAUGUGGAUCUAGUGCGACUUCUGUUGCGUUUAGGCGCCGAUCUCAAGGCGAAGGAAGGUCUGGCAGGAUACACAGCCCUUCAUCUCGCGGUGGAGCGCGAAUGUCGGCCAGUGUUCGAGCUUCUAUUGCCAGAAUGUCAACGAACAUCGUGUCUGGACGAGCGAACGUAUCGCGGCACGACAGCCUAUCAAUUGACUCUGGACGUCUACAGUGCAUUCGCCAAGGAGGCUCGCAGAAAGCUGGUACGACACGGCGCGGCGCCGGAACCACUGCCAGAGUCGGAUUCCGAGAGCAGCGAGGACGAGGAAACGGAGAGGUCAUUGUGGACAGCGGAUUAUUUGCCCGCGAUCGUCAAGACACAAAACACGGUUGGAGUGACAGUCUAAGUUAUUCAUCGGUCAGUAAUCUAUUCAUUAAUUCAUUCAACGUUUUUGGGCGCUGCACAUAGUUGGAUGGAAAGAAGAUAGAAAGAACGUGAUGCGCAUACACAUGAAGAUCUAUCGAAUCACUUUUACGAAAUUAUUUUAGUUUAUUAUAUAGUCGAAUGAAGAUGGACGUAUAAUUACAGCGAACAAAAUAUGUAUAAACAAAAUUGUAAAAGUACGUCUCGCGUCUCUCUCUAUCUUCUAUAUGCAUUAUAUGUUACGCAUGCAUUAAAUUGUAUUUUGACUUUCAAUGAGUUCACGAAAUUAUCUUAAUUAACGGGGUGAAUUUUCAAAUGAAUAAAUCAUCUGGAAAAAAUAGAACAAAAUUAUAUUUAAUGCAAAUCAACUUGUAACUUGAAUUUUGACACGCUGGACGACGUCAUUUUAAGAUAUUAAAGUUAUUAAGACAAAUAAUUAAAAUCAGAAUUGAUAGAUAAGAAAAAGAAUUGCAUUUGGCAUAAUAAUAUGAUUUUAAUGCAUAUAAUGCACAAGUAAAAUCGAUGUUUAGCUUUGAAACGCGUCUCUGUAAUGUCAUCUUAAUCUGCUGGAUGGAUUAAGACUUAUAGUGAAAAGUGGAAGGAGUUGCCAGAAUUAAUAAAUAGCAAGUGGCACAAGAUUAGCUUCAAUGUGUGUUACAUAAUAUAUAAUGGAUGGUCAUAGAAAUGUCUUGAAUCAACAAGUAUUACUAUUACAGUAGACUGCGUACGUUUUUUAAAUCGAUAUCGGCAGCAAUAUGUGCAGGUUGAAGGAUGAACGAGUAACGUUCGAAAUCGAGGAUCUCAGAAACGAACUUAUACGCGACUUAACGAAUAUCCGAUUACGAACGAAGCGACAAUACGUAAGUGCGAGCUCCUAACGGUCGUUCACUUUUCCUCUAAUAAUCCUUUGCAAGCCAAUAGGCAUGCAGCAGUGUUCCGAGUGUUGUACAGAGUGUUCCAAGAAAGGCUGUACCAAUAAUAUAAAGAACAAUGUAUAUUUUAACGCGAAUAAGAGAGAAAGAGAGAGAAAAUAUGUAUGUGUGUAUAUAUGUGUGUUUUCUUAUAAUAUUGGCGUAGAAUCUGCGAACAAUUGUGUUAAUUCUGAGAUGUGUGUUAGUUAUGACGAAGCGAGAAUGGAAUUUGCGCUAAGCCAAUACUUCAUAAUUGUAAAUAGAGGAUACAUUUUACUAAACUGCGUCGAAUGCGAAUAUUCUUGAAGAAAACUCUUGUUGUCAGAGAUCGUAGAUCUCAUAGAAUAGAUGCAAAGUUGACAACAUACAUAUUUUAAAUCGGAGAGAAUAAUCAAAUCCACAUUCUUAUGUGCGACUUAUAAUAUAUUUAUAAUCAUAAGUAUCGAAAAAAAAUCCAAAACGAUACGAUAUUCACUGUUAAUUGAAUCAAUGUUUCAUGGUAUGCAAUUGUUUCCAUCGAUACAGUUAAUCUUCCUUUCAUCUCUUCGUAUAUAGACAUCUUCCAUUAGAUUCAUGAGUAUAUGUUAUUUUCACGGUAUGUUAAUGACAAUGAUGACGAUAUCAUUAUAUUGUUAUAUUCGUACA